GAAGUUGAUUACAAACUACACACCCAAUCAGCUUUAGAUCACACGGAGGUCACCAGAGGUGCAAUAAACAAGCAUGAGAUCAGAUGAAUCCCGACAAUGACGGAAAAAGAGCCGAUCAAAUCGCUAUACUCUAAAAUCACACUGAAGGGGUUUUAAUUUGACUGUUUACGACCAAUUUCAACCACCCCAGUUGACAUACGCCCUUUGGAUCCACUGAUUUCCGUAUGAUUGCGGCAGAUCGAUCACCUACAUGGCGAAUUUCCUAGCUCAGUUUCUGUCGAUCAAGAAUUCUUGUGAACGCGUCGUCAUUGCUGUUGAAGAUGUGAGUGAUUUGUGGCCCUUAGUCAAGAAGGGAUUUGAGGAUCGACUUCCAAUAAGAAGAGCUACAUUGAAUAACAAAACCCGUAAUCCCUUAUUAGUGGAUAAUCUGCCAGCUGAAUACAUACUAACAACAGAUUCAAGGCUCCGCAGUAGAUUCCCUCAAGAACAAUUCUUAUUUUCAUUCAGAGAACCAUAUGCAACCGUGGUCCUUGUGACUUGUGAGGAUCUGGAUGAGUUCAAGACAAUCCUAAAACCUCGUUUGAAAUUAAUCGUGCAAAAUGAUGAGCGAGAGUGGUUUAUUGUCUUUGUGUCUAGAGCUCCACCCCACAAUGAUCAAGCAAGCAAAAUGGCUAAAAAAGUUUAUGCCAAACUUGAAGUUGAUUUUAGCUCAAAGAAGAGGGAAAGGUGCUGUAAAUUGGAUAUGCAUGGACCUGAAACAACCUUCUGGGAAGAUUUGGAAUCUAAAAUCACUGAGUGCAUUCGAAACACUCUUGAUAAACGUAUACAAUUCUAUGAAGAAGAAAUCCGUAAACUCAGUGAACAAAGAUUCAAACCAGUUUGGAGCUUCUGUAACUUCUUCAUCUUAAAGGAAAGUUUGGCAUUCAUGUUUGAGAUGGCUCAUCUACAUGAAGAUUCAUUACGUGAAUAUGAUGAACUAGAGCUUUGCUACCUGGAAACAGUUAACAUAGCAGGAAAGCAAAGGGACUUUGGAGGAAUGGAGCAUGGAGAUGAUCAAGCUGCAUUAUUAAACCCUGGAAAAAAACCAUUGACACAAAUAGUUCAAGAUGAUUCCUUUAGAGAAUUUGAAUUUAGACAAUAUCUAUUUGCUUGUCAAGCAAAGCUAUUGUUCAAGCUAAAUCGUCCAUUUGAGGUUGCAUCAAGAGGGUAUUCAUUUGUUAUUAGCUUCUCAAAAGCAUUGGCUCUUCAUGAGAGUAUUUUACCCUUUUGUAUACGUGAAGUUUGGAUUAUAACUUCUUGCUUGAGUUUAGUCAAUGCAACUGCUGCUCAUUAUAGCAAUGGACUUGUGGGACCCGAGAUAGAAAAAGAAUAUUAUCGUGUACGUGGGGAACUAUAUUCUCUAUGUAGAGCUAAGUUCAUGAGACUUGCAUAUUUACUUGGUUAUGGUUCUGCUAUAGAAAGAAGUCCAGUCAACAGUGCUUCACUUAGCAUGCUACCAUGGCCUAAACCAGCAGUUUGGCCUUCUGUUCCUUCUGAUGCAGCAUCUGAAGUUCUUGCUAAAGAGAAGAUGAUUCUUCAAGCUACUCCAAGGGUCAAACAUUUUGGUAUUCAAAGGAAGCCACUACCUCUUGAGCCUUCGUUUCUUUUGAGAGAAGCUAAUAGGAGAAGAGCUUCUCUUUCUGCUGGAAAUAUGUUUGAAUUGUUUGAUGGGCGUUCAAAUUUCAUGGAUGGCUCAUUAUCUCCAUCUCCCAAAUUACAACCAACAUCCAUGUCAAGAACCAAUUCUACACCAGGAAACUUUGAAAGCUCAAUCGAUCGACCUAUGAAACUUGCAGAAAUCUUUGUUGCUGCUGAACAUGCUCUCAAAAAGACAAUAUCUGAUCAUGGGUUAUGGACAUCAUUCUCAUCUUUAGCAGAUUUUGAGAAAAAGUAUCUAGAACUUUCAAAGUCUGCUGCUGAAAACUAUCAUCAUUCAUGGUGGAAAAGACACGGGGUUGUUCUUGAUGGUGAAAUUGCUGCUGUUUGCUUCAAACAUGGUGAAUACGAUUUAGCAAAAAAGUCAUAUGAAAAAGUGUGUGCUCUUUAUUCUGGUGAAGGGUGGGAGGAUUUGUUAGCUGAUGUGCUUCCUGAUUUAGCUGAGUGUCAAAAAAUACUUAAUGAUCAAGCUGGUUACUUAUCAUCUUGUGUGAGAUUACUCUCUCUUGAUAAAAAUCUGUUUUUGAAAAAAGAACGUGAAUCUUUUCAAUCAGAAGUUGUUCGUCUUGCACAUGGUGAAAUGGACAAUCCUGUCCCUCUAGAUGUGUCAUCAUUAAUUACUUUUUCUGGGAACUCUGGUCCACCAUUAGAGCUCUGUGAUGGCGAUCCAGGGAAUCUGAGUGUAACUUUAUGGAGUGGCUUUCCUGAUGACAUCACUCUUGACUCACUCAGUCUUACCUUGACAGCUACUAGUAAUGCUGAUGAAGGUGUUAAGACAAUCAGGAGCUCGGGUGCUACAAUACUAAACCCUGGGAGAAACACAAUUACACUUUCGUUACCCCCUCAGCAAACAGGUUCCUAUGUCUUGGGCGUACUUACAGGGCAAAUUGGUCAUUUACGCUUUAGGUCUCAUGGAUUCUCCAGAGGUGGUCCUGCUGAAAGUGAUGAUCUUAUGAGUUACGAGAAGCCAACUAGACCGAUUCUUAAGGUAUUCAAACCAAGGGCACUUGUUGAUCUUGCUGCAGCCGUGUCAUCUGCAUUGUUAAUGAAUGAGCCUCAAUGGGUGGGUAUAAUUGUCAAACCAAUAAAUUAUUCCCUAAAAGGAGCUGCUUUACAUAUUGAUACUGGUCCUGGAUUGAGGAUCGAAGAGUCAUUUCCCAUUGAAAUGGAGAAAUACGGAUUAGAGGAUAAAAAGAACCAUAAUGAUUCUGUUAAGGAAAUUACGAAAUUAACCUUGAAGAAUGGUAGCAUAGAGUUACCUGACUGGGCAAGUAAUAUAGAGAGUGUUUUAUGGGUUCCUGUUCGUGCCAUUAAUGAAGGACUUGCAAGAGGAACAUCUGCAGGGGCAGUUUCGUCCGGAAGACCGAGUGUUGUGGAUGGAUUAAGGACUGUAGCUUUGAAACUUGAAUUUGGAGUAUCACGCAAUCAAAAAUUUGAUAGGACUAUAGCUGUUCACUUCACCAACCCAUUCCAUGUCAGCACACGUGUAGCAGAUAAAUGCAGUGAUGGCACCUUGCUUUUGCAGGUGAUACUCCACUCACAAGUGAAGGCUAACUUAACCAUACACGAUUCUUGGCUGGACCUAAAAGACGGUUUUACCCUUGCUGGUGAAAGUCAAAGUAAUGGAAGACCAACAUCCGCCUUCUUUCCACUUGUAGUUCCUUCUACAUCAAGAGCCGGAAUCUUGUUCACUAUAUCCCUACCCACAAAUGAUGAAGCGAAAGAUAUGAAUCCUGAUAGUGAUACGAUAUUAAAUAUAAAAUAUAAAAUAUCUGGGGAUAGAAAUCAUGGAUCGCAUACUCCUAUGUUUGAGGAUGAGUCUUCACAGAUGUUGACUUUUAAGAGUGCUCUUGUUUUACAAAGACCAGUGUUGGAACCUUGUUUGGCAGUUGGUUUUCUUCCCCUUCCUCCAGAAGGCCUUAGAGUCGGCCAGCUUUUUACUAUGAAGUGGCGAGUUGAAAGGUUGAAGUAUCUCGAGGACGAACAAUACGAUGAGGUAGUAUAUGAAAUAAACGCAAAUUCUGAAAACUGGAUGAUUGCUGGGAGGAAGCGAGGCCAUGCACCUCUCUCCACAAAGCAAGGUUCACGAAUAGAGAUUUCAAUCCUAUGCGUGCCAUUGGUUGCUGGGUACAUGCGGCCCCCACAACUGGAGUUACCGGACAUUGGUGAGGGUAAUAUUAGUUGCAACCCAGCUGGGCCCCACUUGGUCUGUGUUUCCCCUCCACCUCUCAGCUCCUCCUUCUGUAUUCCCAUUCCCAUUCCUGCCUAGAGAUGAAAUCGUGACUUUUGUAGGUGCUAGGUUAUAGUCAAAUUUCAUACGCUGUAUGUUAUAACCUAACUUUGUAUCUUUAUUAUGUGGGAUUUGUGUGUGUGUGUCUAUGAUUACUUUCAAUCACUUUAUUCAUUUACUGUCA